AUUUCCCUGAGCAGAAGGAGCAGCAUUCGGCCCAAGAGGAGAGCAAGCAGCCGCACUUGCAACUCCAAAAGCACGGGGAGCAAGUCAAACAACAAGAGAGGCAGGUGACAGCGACGGAGCAAGUUGGACAGGAACAGGAGCAAAUAAGACAGAGGCAGGGACACCAAGGGAAGCCCAAACUACAGGAGGAGGGCGAGACCCAUCAGUUGCAACCUGCUGAUGAGGUCCCGGUGCAAUUGGAGGAGGAUGAGUGGAUUUUCCAGGUCUCUCCAAUAGCGGGAGAGGCUGAGCCCAGCGGUUCUCAAGAGGCGUUGCAGCCGUAUGCUCGUGAAACAGCUGCAGGUCCCUCGACGUCCGACGGCCUCAGCGGACCGGUUGUGGCGGGAUUUACACGAAAUGCUGAUACAUAUUCUGGUAGUGCUUCAGGGGUUCCACGGGGUGAAGUUGCUGCUGUUCUCGGUAUGGAGGGAGCAAGGGCUGCAGCAGCAGUCAUGCCAGAUGGCCAGCCUAGUGCGGACCCGUUCUCUGCUGCACCAGCAACUGCCGGAGGGGGCAUGAGAUUGAGCGCGCCGUUGCUGGCUAGUCUCCUGACGUCAAGAAUAGGUGCGGGUGAAGCACUAGCAGCAGCAGCACCAGCGGCAGGUUCUCCCCUAAUGGCACCUGUAGCGACUCCGUCACUGCAGGGCCUGCGAGGACCUCGCACAUCAAUUUCUGCUGCUAUUAGAGAACAUCCAUUUGUGCGUCUGCCGAGACGAGCAGAGGACACUUUUUGGGGACCGAUUUGUGUUGAUUUUGAGCAAGCCCUGUCCAGCACAUCUGGCUUGAGGAACCCCAUACCAUUGCUGCAUAAGGCCCGCGCGUUGCUGUUGAAAGGAGUUUUGUCUCGUCAGGAGAUGAGGGAAUUGCGGCAGAUAACACAAAAUUUGAUGGAACACGCUGUGCAUUAUCAGAAUCAAAACGUGGAAGGUUUCAGGGGCAGCUACGCAGUAGAACGGUUGGGAGUACGUUUCAUGGUGCUGGAUGUUGUAGUUUCCACCUUGAUAGUUCUCGAUCAGACACCAAAACCCGAAGAUUGGCAAGCCUUUGUCAGUACCAUUAGCCACGACGUGGCCCCGUUGGCGGACAGACGAAGCAGAGCAGGGCGACCCAACUUGUCAGCAACGCGAGCUCUGGAGCUCAGCAGGGCAAUACAAACACUCAAGAGGGGAGUGAGGCCAGAACCCAGAGACCUCUUGCGGAUCAAGCGGAUGCUCUUGUGCUUGCCGACCUCUCCCAGGAAUUUUCAAACGGCGGAGUUCGACCCCUGGAGGGAGCAAGACUGCAAUUUCACCGAAGUCAGCUUUCUUCUCUAG